UGCUGCCGCCCGCUAGCUGCUUCCCCGCUCGCGAGCUCCAGCCAGAUCCAGAGACCCGGCGCCCGGCGGCGCGGGGGGUGGCGAUGAAGCAGCCGAGGGGCCGGCAGGAGCCGCGCCGGAUGGGCAACGCCGCCAUGGUCGUCACCAUGCUCGUCUCCCUCUGCGUCCUCACCUACAUCAAGGCGCGAUACUGCUCCAACCCCUUCCCCAAGCCGGCGGAGGAGCUGGAGGUGGCGGAGGUGGACGAGGACUACGACAGCACGAGGUACAAGCUGGAGGGCCCGAUCGGGGAGGAGGACUUCGACCCCAGCCGCCCGACCUGCUACAACACGAGCAAGCGCUCGGAGCGGUGCGCGGCGGUGGGGGACAUCCGCGUCGACGGCAACCACUCCAAGAUCUACAUCAGCCCGCUGGACCGCGAGUGGCGGACCAAGCCGUACGCGCGCCGGCACGACCCCGUCGCCAUGGACGACGUCCGCGAGUACACGCUCGUGCCCUUCGGCGGCGCCAACGACACCGCCGUGCCGCCGCUAUGCACCGUCAACCACUCCGUCCCGGCCUUCCUCUUCUCCAACGGCGGCUUCGCGGGGAAUCUCUACCACGACUACACCGACGUGCUGGUGCCGCUCUUCACCAGCACGCACCACUUCGGCGGCGAGGUCCGGUUCCUGCUCAGCGGGAUGAAGGACUGGUGGAACGACAAGUUCACGCCGCUGUUCCGGCAGCUGUCCAGGUACGAGGUCAUCGACGUCGACAAUGACCGGGAGGUCCACUGCUUCCCGCGGAUCGUCAUCGGCGCCACCUUCCACCGGGCCAUGGGCAUCGACCCCUCGCGGUCCCCGGGGGGCGUCACCGUCGCCGACUUCAAGCGCCUCCUCCGGCGCGCGUUCCGGCUGGAGCGCGCCGUGGCGUCGCGGUCGGGCGCGCCGCGCCGGGACCGGCCGCGCCUCCUCAUCAUCUCCCGCAAGAGCUCCCGGCGGUUCCUGAACGAGCGCGCCAUGGCGCACGCGGCGGCGCUGGCGCGCUUCGACGUGCGCAUCGCCGAGCCGGACAACCACACGGACAUGCCCAACUUCGCGCGGCUGGUGAACUCGGCGGACGUGAUGAUGGGGGUGCACGGCGCCGGGCUCACCAACAUGGUGUUCCUGCCCAGCCGCGCCGUGCUCAUCCAGGUGGUGCCCUUCGGGGGGCUCGAGUGGCUCACCAGGGUGACCUUCAAGGACCCGGCCAGGGACAUGGACGUCAACUACAUGGAGUACAACGUGUCGCUGGAGGAGAGCUCGCUGAGGGACCUCUACCCGGAGGACCAUUUCUACCUGAAGCACCCCUACGACGUGCACAAGAAGGGGUGGGACGCCAUCAAGACGGUCUACCUCGACAAGCAGAACGUCAGGCUCAAUCUCACCAGGUUCACCAAGACGCUCGAGCAGGCGCGCCAUCUCCUGCCCGAGCCCUGAUAGAUGAUCCUCCGAUCCUCAUGGAUGCCAUGCCAUAUGCCUUCAGAUUGGCCCGGCACCUGCAACUGCAAGUGGUAGAUAGGCUCACACCAUGUCUUGAAACUCUUUUUUGUUUUUGUUUUUUCUACUUAUUUCCUCUUCUCCUUUUUUUUUUCUUCUUUUCCCCUCUUGUGGCAAGAUUCAUUUCUUUCAUUGUUUUUUUUUCUUUUGGCAAAGGAGGAGAGGAAACAAAGCAAGGUCGUGUCAUAGACAAGAGAGAGUGUGUGUCUAAGGUUAAUUUACAUACACAAACACUGUAAAUUGAUUGAUUGUCGAUAAAUGCCAAGGCAAGAGAAAAGGUUAA